AUGCUUUGGUCUGAGACAGCAGGAGCCACCGCCAACCUAGCGCGCAAUGGAACUGAAAACACGGCGAUCACAGUUGGUCUGUUCAACCAGCAAGUCUUUUCACAGAUUCGCCGAUUUGUAAUCAUGGAAGUCAAUCGCGAGAAGCACUUCGUCUAUGCGUGUGCCAUCUUCACUUACAACGGACAAGGCACUUUGAAACGUGGCUGCACGGCAUCCGAGCAUGCCCCUGUGUAUAUGACUGGGUCCCAGGCCACUACAUACCAGGGUGAGUUGGAGCGAGGGAUGACAAAGGAGCCAAUCGAAGUCACACCGGAUGACGAAACCGAGACAAUGCUCCCUGCGUCACGCUUACGCUUUGGUAAGCACUACUCAAUUGAAUGGAACGUCAAAGUCCGCGAAAUUGGGAUAGUUGCGCCAAGGUACAGGUCUCGCUUGAUGAAGCACUACAGAGAUGAGCAACGCAAUGGCUUUGACGAUGACGAUGACGAAGACUUCUCAGAAGAGGAGGACGAUGAGUCUGGCACAGUGUUUUCGACCUACACUCCAGCAGCGGCCACAGGUGUGAGCUAUACCCAGACUGGAUACGCAAAUGUUCCGCAAUAUCGCUACUAG